UCCGCGCCGCUGCUUUGCAUCUCAAGCUCUUCUUUAUUGUCGCUCGUUUGCGUGACAAUCAAAAGUGCCGAGGCGGAGGUGGCGGACACACACGAAGUACCUGGCUGGACCCCUUGGACCCUCUGGCUCAGCGCACACUUCACAGCCUUCAACGGAGAAUAUCAACGAGGUGGCGCACUGGGGGCUCUCAGGGGGUGCAAGCAUUCGGAGUGGAACCCCAGCGCCAUUUCUACGAAAGAGAAAGGCUUCUAUCAAUAUAGCGCCUUACACGGACACACGAUGGGUAAAGAGGGCUGCGUGACGUUCCUGCUCAUCACCUUCAACUUGGUAUUCUGGGCCUCGGGAGUCGCUCUGAUUGUCAUCGGGGCCGUCUCUCAUGUGUCCUACGGUCAUUACACGGACUUCACCGGCAGCGGACUGUCCCAUGCCGCCAUCGUGCUCAUUGUGGUUGGCCUGGUCGUCGCCAUCAUCAGCUUCCUGGGAUGCUUUGGGACAUGGAAAAAGGAAGUGCAUGUGCUGCAGUGGUUCACAGCCCUUCUGAUCCUGGUGCUCGUCGUGGAGCUGCUGGCUGGCAUUGUGCUCUACGCGCUCCGCUCGAAGGUGGAGCAGAAGCUCAGAAAGCAGGCGCGCCAAGUCAUUCGGGAAUAUAGCGCCAGCCUGUGGGACCUGAUAGACGACAUUCAGUUUAAGUUUCACUGCUGCGGAGCCGACAAUUACACCGACUGGUUUGCCAGCCCUGGCUGGAGGAACAACGGCUCUGUUCCCGAUUCCUGCUGCCUUGAGUGGAAAGAAAACUGCGGCCGAAACACAACAGAGCGUGACAUCUAUCAGCAGGGCUGUGUGGAUGCGUUCAAAGGCUUCCUCAAGAAGAACCUGGCCUGGGUGACGGUGGCCUGCACAGCUCUGGCGCUUUUCGAGAUCCUCGGCGCUGUGCUGGGCUGCCUCGCCUUUUCGACCAGGAGCAGCUAUCAGCACAUGAAGUGAAGUGAAGUGAAGUGAAGCGGAGCCACGGCGUCCAUGAUGAGUGCCCACCUGGUUUUUGCGCCUCUUCAGCUGUCUGACAGACGGGUUUCCCUUUUCUGCUUUGAUAUAAAGAGUAAAAUAAUUGUAUCCUAAUAUUUGGAA